UAGGAUCUGAUUAACACGCAUUUAUUGGAAUGAUGAUAAUAAACAACAUGAAUAUUAUUACUACUUUUAUUUUGACUGUGCUGGUAAUCAGCAUGACGAAAGAUGUUUAUUGUGCGGAUACAGUGAUGUGCAAUCCUACUUUGGAAUGUCCAUCCUAUCAAACGGCUUUCUAUAUAUAUGAUUGCUGUAAAGAUGAAAAGGGUGCGGAUAAGUGUUGUAAAUGGGUCCAUUGGAAAAAUAUUGCGAUCAUAGUUCUUUGUGGGCUCGGAAUACUGAUUAUCAUUUGGAUAGUCAAUUGUUUAUUUGGAUUUUGUAAAUGUUUUUAUAAAUGCUGUUGUUGUUGUUGUCGGAAAGACAAAAAGUAAGAGUGAAAAUGAGAUGACUUUAUAUUCUUCUUCUUCUUCAAUGGUCUGUUUGCUCACUUUCUCCUACUCACUGUAUUUUACUUCACUCAACUUUACUUUAACUUACUUCGCUCAACACUACUCUACUCCGUUUCAAUCCACUAUAAUGUACUCAGAUCUACAGUACACAACUUCACUUACCUCUACCAUAAUCAACUCUUCAAAUACUCACAAAGAUUCAAGUCCACUCUACAUUGCUGAACUCCACUCUAUUCAGCUCCUCUACACUCUAGUAAACUUCCGAGGUGCUAAAGUCGUCUCUAUGUCACCUUAAUAAACUCAACUUUGCUCUACUCAACUGUACUUCACUUCAUUCUACUGAAAACCGCUUUAAUAAACUUUACUCCACUGUUUUACGCUAAUACACUUCACUCUAAUCUUGUGAACCCCACUGUACUCAACUCUGUUAUACUCUGCAGUAAUCCAAUCUACUUAACUCUGAUUUACUCUGCGCUAGUCCGCUAUACUUCACUCGACUUCGCUUUACUCUACUAUAUUCUUAUGUGUCCCAAAAUAUUGUUUUUAUAUUUUAAUAUUUUUCAUGACCAAAAACCUUUUAACUAACCAAGGAGCGUGAUAAUUAUAUGUUGACUUUACACUACUCUAAGCUAAUAUUAUUACUAUUAGGCCCUACUUUAUUG